AUGCGCGCCCCCAGGCACCGUGACGGCGCUGCUCCGCUGGCCCACCGCUCCCCCGGGGUAAGUGCGCUCGCCCCCAUGGCUCGGCGCGCUGCUCGUCGCCGCCAUAUUCCCCCCACUCCCUCCCGCCCUCCCCCCCAACCCAUCUACGCCUUCCCCCCUCAGGCGGACGAGUACAUUCAGAGGGCGCUCGUGGAGGAGGACGUGGGGGGGCAGGAGGGCAGCGCGGAGGGGGGCACGGGGAGGGUGGGGGAAGCGGCGGGGGAGGAGGGGCGCAGGCUGUAUUCGCGUGGGGACUUUGCUGCAGCCAAGGCCAAGUCCCUUGACGCCUACCUGACCACCAAGGUGGGCAUGUUCCCGGACGUCCUCGAGAGGCUUGCUCUGCGGCACCUGGAGCACGGUGACCAGAUCUCCGAGCUUGAUUCAUUGUGCCGUUGCUUCUCCUCUGCGCACGUGUGUGCGCUUGUCACGGCAGGUGUCAGCGCUGGUGGCGGGGGAGUUCUAUGCGCGCAAGCACUUCCCGGGCUUCGCACAUCCCUUCACGUUCAACGCACAGCUGCUGCUCAGGUGAUCCACCACUCUGCUGGUUCUGGCUGUCAGGGUGGCUAUUACAUGGGCAGAGGCAGCAGGCCUGACAGCUUCUUUUGGGAGAGGUUGUUAGGAAGCAUGUAUGAGUCGCUGGGAAAGGCGAUGCUUCCUACCCAUGCUGUCACUGCUGAAGCUCCCUCUCCCCUCCUCCCCACAUCCCCCUGUCCCUCUGUCUCCCUUGGCCCCUCCAUGUGCCUCCAUCCCUCCAUCGCUCCUCCCUUCGUCCCGGUGCUCAGAGUGGGGAGGCCAACAGAGGCGAGGGAUGCAGCGCGCAUUGCACUCAAGUCCCCCUGGUGGACCCUGGGGGCCUCGUACCAGGAGGUGGCGGAGCUGGCGGGGUAUGGGGACUCGCAGCUGGAGUAUGCGUUGGAGCGGCUGACAGAGGAGGGCAGGAAGGAGGAUGUCAACAAGGGCAAGGCAGAGGCACAGGUGGCAUUGGACCACGCAGCCUUUCUGCUGGACGUGGCAGCAGCAGAGGGCACGUGGGACGAGACGCGUGAGCAGCUGGCAGGGCUGUACCGGGAAGCAGGGCUGGAGGAGAUGGCCUCGUUUGUCCUCGCUGGACCCCAGACUGAAACAUAG